AUGGAAGAGUGGGCUUCAAAAGUUCUAGACAAGAUCAUCGCUGCUAUUUCGCCGCCGCGCUACUACCGAGGUAGCCCGGCGCAGGGACAGUUUCACGGCGCGGCUUUGGGGACCCCUGGGGCUUGUCCUGGCUACUUCCAGGCGCACUGCAACCCCACGCAUGGCCCCCACGCCCGCAAACAUCUUGCACAUCUUCCGCUUGCCACAUACGAAGCACCGUCCUCACACCUCGCCUACGCGCAUUCCUCCAUUAUGGCUACAACAAUAUACGCGUCCCACCACCCACAACCCUCGGACAACGAACUCGAAUACACCGCCCCGGCAAAUCCCACCAUCACAAACGACGUCCUCAACCUCUCCGUCCUCCAGCGGCACCUGCCCUCCACCGUCUCCAUAGAUUUCCUAGCACCCUACUCCGUCGUUUACAUCUUCAGCACUACUACUCAAGCAUGGGAGAAAAGUGGCAUCGAGGGCACACUAUUCGUUGUAAAGCUACGGGACGAAGGGCAUGCGGUCGUAGUGCUCAACCGCCGCGGUUUGGAUAACUUCGUACUACACCUGAAAAGUGCAGAGGAGGUCGAUGUGACGGACGAAUACAUUAUUUUGCAAGGGAAUAGCGCGGAUAACCUGGGCCAUGGGAAUGCAGACGAGCAGAAGGUGUAUGGACUCUGGAUCUUUGAGGAGGAACAGGGCAGUACGAAGGGGGUGAGGGAGGCUUGUGGGAGGUGCAUUGUCGAGUGUGCGGAGAGAGCUGGGAAUGAGUGGGGGACCAGGGCUGUUGACGGGCAGUCGAAAGGUUACGCGCAACAGCAGUCCAACGUUGGGGCUCCAAAUGGUCCGGAUUUGAUGGCGCUGCUCAACUUGUCCAGGGGACAAGGUUCAAAUAAUAUGCCAACCGUACAGCAGCCAGGCUCGAAUCAAGAUCAGGGCGUUUUGGGGGACUUAUUCAGAAGCGCUGGAGCAAAUUUGUAA